CGGAGGAGGGCUCGCCUUUGGUUUGCGGGGCGGUCGGGUGAAUUCUCCGCACGCCCUCGAGGCCGCCGCCGCCCGACCCCACAGUGGAGCCGACCAGCGCUUCCCGUGGCGCCUCCCGCACCGGAUCGCUCCUCGCUGGGGCGGGACGUGAACCCGACGGCUCCGGUCACUAUGAGUGAAACAUCUUUCAAUCUAAUAUCAGAAAAAUGUGACAUUCUAUCGAUUCUUCGGGAUCAUCCUGAGAACAGGAUAUACCAGAGGAAAAUCCAGGAACUCAGCAAAAGAUUCACUGCGAUCCGCAAGACCAAAGGGGAUGGGAACUGCUUCUACCGGGCCUUGGGCUACUCCUACCUGGAGAGUCUGCUGGGCAAGAGCCGAGAGGUCCUCAAGUUCAAAGAGCGUGUGCUACAGACUCCAAACGACCUCCUGGCUGCCGGCUUUGAGGAGCACAAGUUCCGAAACUUCUUUAAUGCUUUUUACAGCGUGGUGGAGCUGGUAGAGAAGGACGGCACAGUGUCCAGCCUGCUGAAGGUGUUCAAUGACCAGAGUUCCUCAGACCGAAUUGUGCAGUUCUUACGCCUGCUCACCUCAGCCUUCAUCAAGAACCGAGCCGACUUCUUCCGGCACUUCAUCGAUGAGGAGAUGGACAUCAAGGAUUUCUGCACUCAUGAGGUGGAGCCAAUGGCCAUGGAGUGUGACCACAUCCAGAUCACGGCCCUGUCCCAGGCACUGAACAUCGCCCUGCAGGUGGAGUACGUGGACGAGAUGGACACUGCCCUGAAUCACCACGUGUUCCCAGAGGCUGCCAUCCCUUCCGUUUACCUGCUCUAUAAAACAUCCCACUACAACAUCCUUUAUGCAGCCGAUAAACAUUGAUUAAUUUUAGGCCAGGCAGUGGAACCUGUCACCUAACGGACUGUAUUCUGAAUGGAACAUUCCGGCUUUUCAAUUUUUUAAGCGAUUUAGACUAUAGCUAGAAAAUGUACAGCCUUUUGGGCAAAGCCACUGAGAGUGAGGCCUGCCUUUUAGGGACUCUAGUGGCUUGGUGGAAUUUUUAGUAUUUCUUUUCAUGGAAGAUCUAAUGCCUGCUAACUCUGGGCCAGGAACUCAGGAACCAGACCUUCUUCGGACCUAUUUCUCCAUCUGGAGGAACAUCUUGCCAGUGUGGCAUGGCUGGUGUGUAGAAACUGGGGACUUUGGGUUCCAUUUCACCAGGGGCAGUGCCCCUCUGUAAGGAAGAAAAACUCAAGGUCAGUUGUCACGACCCAAGUGACAAGUGACACAGCAGCUAUACAAAAAGACUCCUCCCAGUGACGUGUGGCUGGACGUUGGUGGAGGCUGACUGGAUGGGAGGGUCUUCACGCAGGUCCAAGCACGAUGGGUGUGCUUUCUCGCUCCCCACUGUAGGAGCCUUCACUACAAAGCUCAGGUUGUUAGGGUUCCUCCUCCUCUCAGUGGCAGAACUGACUUGCAGGGCAGGCCCUUUAAGGUCUGGACACAUUCCAUGUACCCAUGUCUGGCGACGCUGUCCAUCAUCCCCACUGAAUCUUUGAAGCAGAGUCUAGGUACUCAACUGGGUAAGGGUUUGGGCGGCUUAGAUACUAGCUGAGCAGCUGUGGCUGGCUGCCCUACCCGCUUCGUGGGGAGAUUAGGUGGGAAAGAUAGAAGUCGUGGAAAUGGGCAGUAGGAGAGAUUUCCCUAGCUGGAAACUACAUGGCAGCAGCCUCCCAGACAUGCUCCUUAAAUAGCUUCUCACUGUGCUGUCUCAGGUGCUCUAGGAGCCCGCCCUGAGCUGGCAGGUGAGAAGGCACCCGUCAGGAACCAACCAACCUGGCAGGGCUGAGGUGCUGCCGACCCCCAACAAUGUGGGGUGCCUUUUGGGGCCUGCCUUAGCCAGGUUUCAUUCUGCAGGGAUUUGUAGUCUAUUGGUGCUACUAUGGGAGUCUGCUGACGGUGUGCACGAGGGCUGCGGAGCAGACUCCUGUUCGUACUAUGCUUCUUGCCUUAGUGAAAGCCAACCGCACUUAGACGUUGUGGUUCUUCAGGUCCAGGUUGGGGCCCUGGAGCCCACAAUGACCUCAGCUAGCAUUUGGUUCUAAGGGCUCAAGUUAGUGUGUCACUUUUCCCCAAAAAUAAAAUCCUGACCGCCUGCUCUUAGUAGGCAUGCUGGGGUCCCUGACAAAUUCCCUGAAGAGUAGGGGUACACAUUCCACAUCUCCUGUCAUCUCCAGGGCAUCCGUUUCCAAAUGGAAGGGCAUGCACAUGGGGCCUGACUGGUACCCUGGGCUGCUGAGUUCAGAGCAGCUGGAUCCAGAGGCUUAUGGAGUGUCCUGUGACAGAACUUCUGGCACAUUCCUUUGCAGCUUUACCUCUACUGUGCAUCUGAGCCAGAGCACUGCUGACACCCAUCCCGGACUCUCUUCCAGCAAUGAGUGUGUCAGGAUCGAUGCCCAUUCUCUGGCAGAGGAAAGCCAGGGUGUUUCAGUCAGUUUUUCUCUCUUCUUCUUUGCAAAGCCAACAGCCAGAUCUGGACCAACACCCUCAUUUCCUCCAAAUUUGUCCUGACUUCUGUCUCUAAUGGAAAGCGCUUCAGGGGAACAGUGACAGGACUGGAAACUUGCCUAAAACCCAGUCCUCCACAGCUCUCACCUGGCUGGUCUCAGCCCCAUCCCACUGUCAAUCCCAGUUCCUGAACGACCCCCUAACUCACAGAGCUGCUUCUUCCAGACCAAGUGUUGGAAGGAAGAGGCUUUGAGGGCAUCAUAACAAUGAAAAUUACUUUCUUUCCAGAGGAAACAAUUGGUAUGAAUAUUUAACAGCAGCGAUAGCAGGACACCUUGGGCAGGACACCUAUUCUGAACACAAAUAAAAGGGCUCUAGAACCAAACAAUCAUGGUUCAAAUCUCAGCUUUGCCACUUACUAGCUGUAUGAUCUUAGCCAAGUCCCUUCACCUCUCUGAGCUCCAACCCCAUUUGUGAAUCAGACAUUACCUAUACACCCCCGAUUGCUGCUUAAAAUGGGAAUAACAUGCAUGACAAUGAAUGCCUGACACAGGGUGCUCUACUAGAUGCCAGCCCACCCUUCCCAGCAGGGAGGGCAUUGCUGGCUGGAGAAGCAUGCCACCUUGCAGUGAUUGGCCAGUGUGAGCCACAGGGGAAGAGAGACAAGCAUACAGCCUGAGUUGGGGUGGUGAGUGGGCAGAGGUUCACUAGUACUCAGGGCCAAGCUGUACAGGAUCCCUGCACAUAGAUGAGAACAUUGUCCUACAAUUAAAAUGGCUUCCACAAAUAACUCGUCAUGGCUUCUUAAUACUGGGUGCUUGGCACAUACCCGAGCAACCCAGCCUGUGGGCACUAUUGGUUUAUGAGAAGUCCAUAGAAGGACAGAUCUAGAACACAAGAAGCUGCUUGAGCCUCACCACACUACUGCAGAAAGCCUCAAAGCCUGGCUCAAUCUUUCUGGCCUGGGACAAGUGGC